AUGACCAGAGAUGAAGGAGAGAUGGCAUUCUAUGGAAAGAAAGCACAGCUCAAGCGGAGAUUCGGGUUUCUAUCUAUCGUCGGAUUUAUUUGCAGUCUUUUGGCAACGUGGGAAGUAAUGUUUGCUGUCUUUCUCUACGGAUUUCAGAAUGGUGGUCCUGCGGGUCUGGUCUAUGGUUACAUUUUCUGCUGGGUUGGCACACUCGCCGCGAUGGCUUCAUUGGCAGAGAUGGCUUCAAUGAUGCCCUUAGCAGGUGGGCAAUACCACUGGGUUUCCAUUCUAGCGCCGCCUAGCACAGCGAAAUUCCUCAGCUAUAUUACAGGUUGGCUUACAGUGAUUGCCUGGGAGGCCGCCCAAGCUUCCAUAGCUUUCCUCGGGGCGACAAUUAUCCAAGGACUAAUCAUCCUUAACCAGCCCACUUACACACCCACCCGGUGGCAAGGCACACUCCUUUAUUAUUUCGUCUUAGCCUUUAUGGUUUUCAUAAACACUUUCUUGGCGAGAUGGCUUCCCAAAGUUGAAGGUAUAUUUCUCUGCGUUCAUGUGAUUGGGUUUUUCGCGGUCCUCAUUCCGUUGGUAUAUCUGGGUCCUCAUGGCUCUGCGAAAGAUGUCUUUGCAACUUUUAUUAAUGGAGGAGGCUGGAGCAGCGACGGAUUGUCUUUUUUUGUUGGUAUCAUUGCUAGUGUCUACACUUUCACCGGAGCUGACAGCGCAAACCAUAUGGCUGAAGAGGUCUACAAUGCCUCGACAGUUGUUCCUUGGGCCAUAGUCGCAACGAUAAUGGUCAACGGAGUUCUCGGGCUGGCACUCUUGCUUGCACUUCUGUUUUGCCUCGGGGAUAUCGAUGCAGCACUAAAUACCCCUACCGGAUUCCCCUUUAUUGAAAUCUUUGCCCAAGCUACAAAUAGUAACACGGCUGCUACGAUUAUGACGUGCCUGAUCCUUUUUCUCUUGGCUGCGUCAGGAAGCGGGGGUAUGGCCACUGCUUCUCGUCUUCUUUGGUCAUUCGCCAGAGACAAUGCCGUUCCUUUCAGUAGCUACAUUAGUCGCGUCCACCCAACAACCGGCCUACCCUUAUACUCGAUUCUCGUCAGCGCUAUCAUAGCCUUUCUUCUCGCUCUCAUAAAUAUUGGAAGCACCGCCGCUUUCAACGCGAUCAUAAGCAUGGUUGUAGCAGGUUUUAUGGCCUCUUACAUGGUACCCAUCGCCCUCAUUCUGCACAAACGGCUUCGGAAUCACCCAGACAAGGACAAACUCCACUGGGGACCUUGGCAUAUGGGGCCAGUUCUCGGACCAAUUGUGAACGCGGUGGGUUUGGGAUACAUUGUCAUUGCACUGUUCUUUAGCUUCUUUCCAUCUACAGUAACUGUUAAUCCUGUAACUAUGAACUGGAGUUGCCUCCUUUUCGGAGCGACAGUGCUUUUCAGCAUUGUGUACUACAUGACGUAUGGCAGAUAUGCAUACAAGUGGCCAGUUGUGGACACUAUCAGGAGGGAUCAGUAG